UUACGUGUGUGUGUGUGUGUGUGUAUGUGUGUGUGUGACGUUGGGGGCUGGAGGGGCGAGGGGAGUUGAGGAUUGGCUUCGUAUAUAAGGGAGAGGCAAAGGUGGGUUGGGACCAGUAGUAGCUACGCCGGUUCUCGCUUAAAAACAAAAAUGAAGGUGUGUCUGACCCUCCUGGCUACCUGCCUGUUGGUGGGGCUGAGCAGCGGCACGUCUGUCCUGCACCACAAUAACAAAUUCUGCGGCGACAACGUGCCCACCUCCCAAACCUAUGGCUGCCGCUACUUCACCAAGGACUACAACGACAAAUAUGUGUGCGACAGGAACCAGAAGCCCGAGAGCACCUGCCCGCCACUUCGUCCCACAUGCACCAGGAACUUCAGCGGCGGUCCCCCUGUGGAGUGCGUGACCGACAACGACUGCGCCUACAGCGAUAAGUGCUGCUGUGACGCUUGCCUCGACCACCCCGUCUGCAAGCCCCCUUAUAACUAGAUACCCCUUCCUCCCCUCUUUACUCCUUCCUAUAAGCCUCUCGGUAACCCCAUGACAAUAUAACUCUAUCCCUUUUGUUUCCUUUUUAUCCCUCUUUUCAGUCUUGAGAUAAACCCAAACUCCCUUUUAUUCUCCCUGUCUCCCUUUUCACCUUCCUUCAGCUUCCAUGUAAACUCAAACGUCCCUACAUGCCCUUUGUUCCCUUUAGGUAACCUUCAAACUCCUUUCCUUUCCCUGUGUUGCCUCUUCUUUCUUCCCUUUAACUUCUAUGUAACCCUCAUAUUCCCCUUCAUUCCCUUUGUCCCUCCUCUAGGUAACCCCCGACUCCCUUCCCUUCCCUUUCUACCCUCUACUUUCUUCCCUUUAUAGUCGUCCGGUACACCCCACUCUCUCCUCCAGUCCCUUUGUUCCCUUCUCUCCCUCCUCUUUCCCUUCAGUCUCAAGGUAAACCCAGUCGCCCCUACCUCCAUCCCUCCCUCCUUUCUCCCUUCAACCGUAUCCUCCACACCUGCCCACAAGCUUUUUUAUCGUCUUUUUUUUUUACAAGGGAGUGACUCUUACGUAAGCUCAUCUACGCUCUUUUGUCCUCUCUGUCGGCUUGAGUCUUUGUGUGUGUUCCGGGUUGUCUACGCAUGUGAAGUGUUGCCAUGUGAUUUGUUUCGUGUUGUGAUUGUCUCAAUGAGUCAUUUACGAAUGCAAAGGAGUCUAAGUGCAUCUGGUAUCCUGUGUGUGUGUGUGUGUGUGUGUGUGUACUUAAGGGACUUCCUACUGCGGUUCACUUUGAUGUUUCGAGACUGGUUUCGGAACGUGUCCCGCAUCUGAAUCUCCUCUUUAUGUUGUUGUUGAAUAAAAGGAGUCAAGGGAG